AUGAGUGCAGACUUAUCCGGUCUUGACUGGGGCGCAUUGUUUACGGGAAGUGCCAACGAUGACUGGGAGCUGUUCAAGAAUGUCCUUCUGCAGCUCAUCAACAACCACUGCCCACUGACUAGUGUAAGGCUGAACAAACGCUCUGGGUGGCUAAAUAGCAACCUCAAGAAAGAAAUCAACAGGAAGCACAAAUUGUGGAGAAAAUACUGCGUCACUAGACAAGCUGAAUGCUUCAAUACAUACAAGACACAGAGGAACAAACUGAGGAAGCUGAUAAUGAAGACGCGGUGGGAAUUCGAGAAGAACUUGCUACAAAAAGCAACGCAGAACCCAAAAUUGCUCUACAGCUACCUCCGACCAAUUACAAGGAACAGACAUCAAAUCCCCUUGAUGAAGACUACUGAUGGCGUUGAGAUCGCUGAUAGUAGGGAUAAAGCUGCGUAUUUUUCACGGUUUUUCCAAUCAGUCUACACAAACGAGGCAAGGUUCCUUCCUCCCUUCACAGAAGACCAGCCGACCCCAAGCGUCGGUGAUAUACUCUUCUCAGAAGGCAGUGUCCGAAGAGAAUUAGAGGCAUUGAACGAAUCGAAGUCGCCAGCACCAGACGAGAUUCCAUCCAAGCUUCUCAAGGAACUUGCCAGUGAGCUUUCUGUGCCUUUGUCGAUGCUCUUUCAAACGUCAUUUGAUACUGGAACACUUCCUAUCGAUUGGAAGCUGGCGCAUAUUACUCCGCUACACAAAGGAGGUAACAGGGCAGCGACGAUAAAUUACAGGCCCAUAAGCUUGACAUGCAUUCUCUACAAGGUUAUGGAAAGGAUCAUAAAGAGUGAACUGAUGCAAUUUCUGGAAGUUAACGGCCUGCUAUCGAACUGCCAACAUGGGUUCUGGAAAGGAAGAUCCUGCACGACAAACUUGCUGCAAUCUCUCCAGAGCUAGACUCGAGCUGUUGACGAGAGGCAGGCGGUCCACAUAGCCCUCAUUGAUUUCCAGAAAGCGUUCGACACUGUGCCACAAUAAAAGGCUCCUACAUAAGCUGAAAAAAAUAGGGAUCGGUGGCAACUUCCUUAAAAGGAUCGAAAUCUUCCAUGUGGGUCGACACAAGGUUGCGUGCAUCGGUCGGGGAACAUCAGAUCCGGCUAUGGUCGAUAGUGGUGUCCCCCAGGGUUCAGUACUGGGACCCAUUUUGUUCCUUAUCUACGUGGACGAUGCCGCAAGAGAUUAGGACUGUGAAGUAGCAAUGUUUGAGGAUGACAUGAAGAUAUGGAGUGUAAUUCGGGGUCCUGCCGACGAAGACAGACUGCAGAUGAACCUGAAUCGGUUGGAGGUGUGGUCAAACCGUUGGCUCCUACGGUUCAACGUUGCCAAAUGUAGCAUACUUCGCCUAGGCAACACAGCCAGAUCCGCCAGCACAAGACGCUACUUUCUGGGCGAUGCAGCCCUACAAGAGGCCGAAGCCCAAAGGGACCUCGGUUUGCUGACAACGAGUUCUCUAAAACCAUUCGCCCACUGUUCGAGGGUGGCAAAAAGCGCAAUGUCCGUACUGUACGCCAUCAAGCGUGCCUUUAUGGACUUUGACGAAGAAGCUUUCUCUAAGACAUUCAGAACAUUUGUCCGGCCGCAUUUAGAGUACGGCAUACAAGCUUGGAGGCUGUGAGCUGUUGAGGAUCAAAACUACCUCGAAAGAGUCCAGAGGAGUGCCACGAAGAUGGUUAGGGGUCAACGCUCCUUUCCAUAUGCAACCCACCUAGUAAAUCUGAACCUCUAUCCUUUGAGUUACAGGCAACUUCGCGGGGAUUUCUUGCAAGCCUUCCGCAUUAUCAAGGGGUUGGAUUGCAGUCUGGCCUUCGAGGACUUUUUGUGAAUUUGCUACCACAACCAACCUCCGAGGUCAUCCUUUAAAACUGCGCACUCAGCAGGCACGGCUGGAUGUGCGGAAGUUCUCCUUCUCGGUUCGGAUUGUCAGACCACGGAACGAGCUGCCCGCAGAUGUUGUGAUGUCACCAUCUAUACAAAGUUUUAAGAAGAAUAUGGACAUAUUUAUGUUCGGAAAUGACCAAGAGCGGCAAGAAGUCGAGCUCACCCCCUGUUACUCCUAAUUUUGUCCCACCAUUUCAGUCGAAAACUUCUAUCUGUACCCCCACACAUAUUUUACGAUGUAGGUACUCAAAGGCUCACACCUAUUUCCCUCAAUAAAUUGAACUGAACUGAACUGGACUGAACCUCCAGUACUCCAGCCACAGCACAUCCUUACUGUUCCCCUGUACCCUCUGUAUAUAUUACCCGUAGUGGACGCCGCGUUCAUUUUCCUGAUCGUUUGAUUACUCCUGUUUUCUGAGCGUUAACGAAUUCAUUUGGGGGGUCCUGUGUCUGACCUCACCCUUGACAUCCAUCGUUUUGUCAUGCUGUCCUUUGUCCACCCAGGUUCCCUGUCGAUUCGCUGCUGGGGACGCACGGAUUUUGUCUCUAUCUUCAAGAGAGCUCGAAGUUAAUCGACGCUGCCCAUUCUCUGAUCGACUGGCGGGCGUUAAUUGGGAUAUGGUAAAAGACACACACACACACGCACUGAGGGUCACUCAUCUUAAAGACUGACACAGACUACUUGUCUGGGGAGACAGCUUGUGGCGAAUGAUUUCAGAACUUCUUGUACGGUCUUACUCGUCACAAGAGAUUGUCCACGCCAAUCCGUCUUCCCCGACUUCUGAUUUGGGAAUCUCUGUGUUGCUGACCAUACCACACCUUGACACCACCGUCACCCCCCAGCUACAGUGAUGCUGGAGUAUCGCGUUGCCGAAAGAAGUGUCUGUGUCUAAAAGCAAUGUAUAGUCAAUGACCGUACGCAGCAGAAUGAUAGGCCUCGAAAUUUAUGACUUCAGUAAAUACUGCAUGCUGUGUCGCCUUUGCAUUAUUUAAAUAGUCAAACGACCAGGAACAACCUGCGCAGAACAAAUUCCCCCUUACUUACAACAGUCGAGAUUGAACUAGUCUGUUUGGGUAUUUGGGGAUUGAGAACUCGCCCUGGAUAUUGCCAGUGUGUGAUUGAGUUUACUCAGGUGGUAGUCACACACUCAUAUCUUCUACCCAGCAUAUAUCAUUAACCAUUCGCAGUCGAGGCGGCUGACCAUCUGUCCGAGUACAGAUGUUUGAAGAUCUUUGCACCGAGUUCAACGCCUCACUUCUGGACCACCCAUUUUCCAUAUGAAUGCAUCCCGUGUAGAAUUACUCCCGUUGGCCUCGUCAUACUUCUUGUCAGUCGGAUCGACUAUCGGGGCCUGAUAGUCGCGAGCAUCACAGCGUCAUGGAGGUACACACCUGAACUGUAUACAGGAUGCGACAAACGCGGAAUGGCUAGUCCGUGCAGUCACGCCCUUUGUGCCACUGCCAGUUCAUCUAGACGGAUAUUACUUCUUAAACUGUCGAUACACCCGACUUCCACUCCAAUACUGAGCAAUCGUCGCAAGUGAACUAAAAUUCUAAGCAGCGGACCAGUUCAAAUUUAUCUUUGCAUGAUAUGCGGGAAGAUGCAGGCUGCGAACGACUUACAGUGAGAAACUUAGUGUGUGAAUGGAAAUCAUACCAUCGUAAUUCGUGGACUGAGAUAUUUUUAGUAGAUCUGCAGAAAAUAUAUCCACAUCGAAUAAGUUAUAUGAAAGUUUUGACCACCACAUAUUCCUGAUUAUUUAAACUGUAUCUGGUCAAUGCACUAGGGUUAAAAAGCAUAAGCGACUUCAAGUAACUACGCUGCCGUUUAUUCCUAUUUUACACAUAGCCUUGUUUCUAGCCGGAUUUCUUCGCCUGUGUUUCGGGUUUGAGAAAUUUUGUGGCUAAGUGCUACACCCCAACAUUUUGUAUUUCAGUUCAGUGUAUAACAGAAGAGCAUACUUAAUUACCUAAACUCUCUAUUCGCUACAUGCAAAUCGAAAGAAUUAGCAAUAAUGCAGUAUGAGGUGGAAAGGAACGUAGUUUCACUGAAACUCGUGUGUCCAUGGCAAGAUAGGAAGGAACAGCAGCUUGCUGAGACGUAACGAUCGCCUGGAGCAGGAUAUUCCAUACUCUAAUAAUACAGUUGGGAAGAAAUAACUUCUCACAUCCGAUAUUGCUUAGUACACACGUAGUUUGCAUGGAAACACAAGAGGUUUACUAAAUAAGUGACUUUGAGAACCUAUAAUUCUCCCAACACAACCAUUCCUUCUCCCUUCUUCUGUAAAACUCGCGUGCUUUAACUUAUUUCUUUAAUUUCUUAACUUGAUUUUCCACAUUUCCUAAGCUGUUUACCCCACAGAAUUAUCAGAAAUUUCUCAUUUCUUAGAGAUUUUUCGAGCAUUCCUGCUAGAGUUCCGGCUGCACAUUUCUUGUUUCAGCACAAGUAGAGUGUCAACUCAAUAACCAUGCAUAUUUUUUUAAAGAUGUGAAAUAAUAAUGAGAUGGUUGAAAUAGUAAAGAUGUUUUUAUAUUGUCCACGAGACAUUAUUAUAAUACGCUAAUCUGCGCGCAGAAUGUCAUGAUUAGUUUGAAUCAUAAAAUUUAAAUUUGGAAUCUUGGCUUGAUGUGUUGUCGCUGAUGUUGCUGGAACCAACUACGAAACUAGUAAACUACGUCUAUAGUACUUCGGGUACGCCGAUUUUAAAUUCUGCUUUGAAUGCAAGCUGUCCUCGCGUUUUUUGAACGCCUAAACUCUCCCACCCAUUUGUAAUAGACAGCGCAUGAACUAGUUCAUGGAUUCAAACUCGAAUCCAGGCUUUGCAAGCAAAUAAAUAGCCCUCAUUUUGCUUUCUGAAUUAUCACAGAAGAACAUAUUCUAACAGCAGUAGUCACUAUCAUGUUCACUGCUGCUGUUCAGUCAUCUUCAUUAGCGUAUAUGUCAUUUUCAAUAGCCUCGUCAGAUGUUUGCGCUUAGUACGUAUAAUUUCACAGAUUCCUUUAUUGUUUUAUUGCCCCCGUGUAAACUUUUCGAAAGAACUGGCAUAAUCGGUAGGUGCCACCGCAACUUUUUUAAAAACGACUUGUGCUUUCGUUUACAAGGCCUACAUGCCUUAAGGCAUGUACAAUUGUAUACUAAUUGUAUACUAAUAGUAUACUAUAAGAUAUAUCUUUCUCCAUCAUGUUUGCUUGCUCCGUAAAUGAAAUCAGCUUUAAGAACGAAACUUAAGAUGGUUGAUAAGGAAUGGACUUUAGAUUAAAGCAUCCGUUACGAUGGGCACGGCUCUUUAACGGUUAUUAAAUGUCCCCCUCCCCCCCUAACCGCCUCCACGUUGACCGUGAAUCGCUCUUUGUCAGAGGCAGCUACUGCGAAACAGCGCAUCUUUUUGUUUUUAUUUGCGACUGAUGUUCUCAGGCCGUCUUAGGUUUUAAAGUUAGCCUCCAAUGUCUGAUUUUCUGCUCUUCAUAAAUGCAAAAACGUCGGAUUUUGCUGAACUCAAGGCUUUUAGAUUUGAACUGCAUUUGACUUUAAGCAAGCAGUAACAUUGAUGCCGAUCAUCUCUUCUGUCUUUAUCUGCGUAGGUUCCGCAUCAGGUGACUUGCCCGCUACAUGUGAGCCCAUUUUCGCCCCACCGCAUUAUCCGAAAGUGUGUCGUUAUCCCUUAUCUAAGACUUGUGGAACGCCUCUGAUUGCCAAUUUGGCUCCACAUAACACCUUUUGCGCUCAUUUGAAUGAUAACAGCCAGGGUGUUCCUCAACUUUAUCCCAUGUCAGGUUGUCUUUUGAUAAAAGGUCCACCCACUGUUAGCUUUUCCGUGUGUGGAAACCUGGCCAUAUUUAUCCGCACUGGUCAGCUCUCCCCACGUAUUUUCUUUACAUUUUCUCCCUAAGUGAGUUAAAGACAGGUCAGCUAGUUUGAUGCGUAAAUGCCCGAACCGCGUUUUAACUCAAGUUGUGGGAGCCAUUGACAUUACCUCGGAAUCAUCCUACCACAGCCUGAGUAAGGUUAUGUGAUCACUUAGCUAUUUUUGAGGUCAAUCAUCCAUUUUCCUGGAAAAGUUUAUGAGCGUUGGAGCAGCCAACAGACUAGCGUUCACGAUCUCCGUCUGAGUGCAUGCAGGUCCCGAAUUAAAAUGUGACUUGUUACAUCCGACGGAAGGUAGCGUGAUAUAGGUGAAAACAGAUUUGUAGCAAGUGGGCUGCGCGACUGACUCCUAAGUAAUUAAAUUGAAUCUGUCAAAUGCAGCGUUUAGAUGUAGUCAAUGAUGGUGCUCUCUGUCCCUCUGUAUUAGUCGGAGUUUGCCGAAGUGUCUCGACAUAUUUUUCCCUGUUGCCUCUUGUUAGCUUACAUUUGAUUUUACCAUCACCUGUGUCAAUCUCGAGAUGUCUUCUCCCCAUACCGUAACUACUUUUCCCACUGAAAAUAACCAGUUUUCAAGGGCGUAUUUUCUGUUACAGGCCUUUUAGCGCCACCUUGACAUGACAGACAUUUCAUGGCUCACAGCACCUCGGGAUACGUACGACAAGCAAUUUUGUAAGUUACUGUUUUUCAUACGCAAUGCAUAGACCACUCCGCCACACCCACUUUGUCCCUGGACGCUUAUGAGAAUUUCAUCAGAGCGAAGAUAAGUGAAUCAUCGGGCUCCAUCGCAAGUAUUUUUUUGUUUCUCUCGCUUUGUAACUUUUCCUUCUGUAGAUCCCACUUGUCACAGAUGACACUCUACUAUACAUUGCGGACGGUCAUCUGGUCUGUGUACGCGGUAUGAUCCAAGACAUGUUCGAUUCGGAGCUCUACAUUUCAUCGUAUCGACCCUCAGCUGAGGCGACUUCUGUCAAGUCCACUCGCUAUCGCGAAGUGGAAUAUCUGCAGGUUGGUGUCGGCAAAAGUUAUUUUGCGUGCAUUGUGCAACCUACCCGUUGUGGCUAAAAAUGCUGAACUUUUGGUAGCAGCGAAGUGAAGCAGUGUAUUGUUCGAAAAGGUCCUCUUGAAAGGGGGAUCGGUAGCAAAAGGAGAAGGUCCUGCACACAUUUCAGUUGUCUGUUAUUGCUUGCCAACCACAUUCUGGGAAUAUUAUCUGGUUGAAGAUGAUACAAGUUUCUAGGUGGCCAAUCAAAAUUGGAGUCAAGCCCAACCAAGAAUCCGUGAUCUGUAAAAAAAACAACAACAUAGUUUUUCUCGUGACAGCAAUACUGACCUUGAGCAUCUGCCCUCUUUCCAGGAAGCGAUCAGAGCAGUGCAGCAGGUUUCAGGGGGACAGCCUUUGGGCGCCGACACAGAGGUGCCACUGGUGCAUGGGAGAAGGAUGAAGACGUAAGACAGGAACUGAAGCAUCAGGGUUGUCCUGGUCGCUACCCACUACAAUUAAUCCGAUGAGGUCGAAACUUCCAGCACGCACUAAAAGUCGUGGCUUAUACGCUACCUGUUAAUGGGAAAACUUAAUCGCCAUUUUAAACGAAAGGCAAACUGCAAUUGUGCAUUUGUUUGACGUCUUUGCGAAAUCUGCGCUCUUAAGUGACCUGAAAGGCGUCAAUUGCACGUUACGUUAACCACGGCGCCCGAUCUAAUUCUCAGUCGAUUUGAUUCGGAUAGGUGACUGGCACAUGUGAAAGGAAGAAGAGGGUGAAGCCAAUCAAGCUCAGUUCAGACACUUACUGUCCUCGUGUUUAUUUGCCACGACGCGCUAUAAACCUUGCCUGGCGAUGUCUUUAACUGACGAGCUAACUCGUUCGCCUGUGAAUGAGAGUCUGACUUCAGUGGCUCCAUAUGAUACCUCUCAACUUUUCGAUCCCUGACGGUCACUUGUUGGAGUCUCAUACGUAGAGAAUCAUGGAUCCUAUCCUGUACUGCACGUGCAGAUAGGCUGUUAGAACCCGUCAGCCAGUAUCCCCUGUCCUAUCUCCGAUCACCUUGUUCUCCUGUGUCAUCGGAGCAGGACAAUUGUAGACAGAAUAAAGUGAGAUACAUGUAUUGCAAACUCGCUUCAGUAUGAAUGACCUCACACGCAGGUCAACAUUGCUCCCAUUUUGUUGGUCGGUCAUUGACUUUGUCGCUUGCUGCUGCCGAACUGCGGUGUGAACCAUGCUUUGAUCAUGAAAAAGGAGACAUGAUCGCUGGGACAAGAGUUUUAUUAGCCUGACGUUUCAGAUUCCUACUCGAACCCAUCAUCAGAGACAGCAGCAGAUACGGGUGAUUCAUGCACAAGGGGCUGCAAUCGCCAUGCUACCGCAUACCUAUCUACAUUAACGGCUACCCCCUUCAUCCGGGAUCGUUGCACUUGGUGUGCUUAUUGCUUGAUGGCCGACGUUGCCGUCGUUAAUUGCUGCAAUUUGAUCACGUGCAUUGGACGUUGGCGUGAUGAUUGCUCGACCAUCUGACGCACCGACCCUGGUGUUGGGAAGUGCUCACCUGUGCGCUUCCCGCGUGGCCACUGCUCCGCCUAGACGAAGUCUCAGUAUCGAGUAUGGAAGGGGAAGUUCAUUGCACUUUUUAAUGGACUGGGGGCCAGUAAACUAUGAUGCAAGUUGCUCCCGGCUCACGUGGUUGUCAUCUCUUGCGAGAAUUUCGGCUUCGUCAAUUUGAAUGUGUGGCCAGAUCUCGUCGAAUGAGCCGCAACUUGGGAGCUGGCGUCAUUUCUCCGCACCGCUGCAGCGUGUUCGGCAAUUCUCGUUCAGAGUUGUCUUCCGCUUUCUCUGACGUAGUUGCUUUGUCCGCAACUAUACCAGAUCAGAUAAACGACUCCAGACGUUUCUAGCCAUGGCAGCGUGUCUUUCGGUUUCAUUACCAGACGCCUGAUGGUUGCCUCCGCUCUGUGUGCAACUUCAACCCCAAGUGGUGCGAGAAGGCGGCCGACAGCUUCCGAAACGUUCUUGACAUACGGAAGCGCCCGCCAAGAUUUGGUGUUCGUACGGUUAGGCCUUUCAUCCCUUUUGCGUAUGCACCGGUUGACGAAGAUGCGCGGGUAGCCACUGGCUUUGACUACCCGUCGGAGGUACUGUAGUAUUGUUGUCUUCCGGCUCACUGCAGUGCGUUUGGACACGCCGAUAGAGCCUCCUUGCACAACUGAGUUUAUGACUGAUUGGGUGGUUGCUGUUGAAGUUCAGUACUUGCAUCGUAUUUGUCGCUUUCCAGAACACUUUGGUUCUUAGUCAACCACAACAUUUGCGGCAUACGAGGACAUCCAGGAAGGCCAGCUGGUUGCUCUCUUCCUUCUCCAUCGUAAAUUUAAUGUCCGGGAAAACGAUGGUGAGAUGUUCUUGGAAUGUCAGCACCUGAUCCCGUUCGAUGACGACGAAGGUAUCAUCCGUAUACGGGGCCCAGAACUUCAGUUUUGUGGUGUUGGAAGACCAGCGACUCUAACCGUUGUAGGAUCGCCUCGUCGAUGAAUCCCGAAAUUGGCGAACCCAUUGGUGUGCCCUUUACCUGUUCGUAGAUUGUUCCGUCGAACGUGAAGUACGUCCUGAGAGAGAGCUUCAGGAGGUGAAGGAUUUGGGCGUAUCCAAGACGAAACACCGUUUUAUCGCAUUUGCUUUGAAGUAGCAGCUAGAUUGUCUCGAUCGCCAGGUCCUGGGAAAUAGAAGUAAAAAGGGAUGUAACAUCAAAAGAUACCAUGACCUCAUUGAUAUUUUGGCAGAUUUUGAAAGAUUUCUUUUUGACCCAACUGUGAAAAACUCGGUGCCUCGGUGGGAUUCGAACCCACGCAGCAAGGUGAAGGCUUUAGCGCAUACAACGCUCGAACCACCUGAGCUACGAGGCCCCGCCGGACGACGACGAGUUGGGCUGUUAACUUGACCCAAAUUGGAUUAAACUCGCGUCGUCCGGCGGGGCCUCGUAGGUCAGGUAGUUUGAGCGUUGGCUGCACUAAAGCCUUCCGCUUACUGCGUGGGUUCGAAUCCCACCGAGGCGCCGAGUUUUUCACAGUUGGAUCAAUAUGAAUACCAUGACCACAUUUUGAUUGAGGCUUACCUCCAGGAAUUGUGCUGACGAAGAUACCGUAGUGUCUGACUCAGCAGUCAGGAACUUGAAACUCCGGAACAGCCACUAAGGCAGUCUGUACGUUGGAGUCCCUUUGAGCGACACGAUGUGUCGGAGAGGAGCACCGUCUUUGUUCACCUUAGGGAGGCCAUAGAGUCGGGCCAAAGCCGCAUCUUGUGGUCUGGCCAUGCACCUGUCGGUCGCUGUUUUUGCAACUAAGUUCUCCAAGGAUAACAACAUGGCAUUAAUUUCGCGUGUCAGCGCUUUAAAAGGGUUCGUUCGACAUGAGACAUAGAACUGUCGGUCCUCCAGUAAACCCUUGGGUUUUUGAAAGUAGUCUGCCCUGUCCAGUACAACUGUGGCGCGUCCUUUGUCCGCUGGCACGAUGACCAGGUCUUUGUCGGCCUUGAGUUCUCUAAGCGCAUCACGUUCGACCUUGGAAAGCACUUCCCGCGGCCUGUGGACCAUCAGGAGAGACGACGCUUGGUGUCGGAUGAGGCUCUUAGUCUCCUCCGUUUUCUACGUGUGACAAAGGAUUGAUCUCAUUGCUGCAAUUCUGUUAGCAGGUUUUGCGUCAGCCGUGUUAAAUGAAGAUUCGUGCCGUAAAACCUGCAUCUGAUCCUUCGUCAGCUCCUUUGACGACAGGUUAUGCAAAAGUUUGUCGUUUCGGGGCGACAUAGGAUUGGGCAGCCUUCGGAAUUUGAACUCCAGUACUGCGUGGCGUAUCAUUCUCUGUUCGCGGGCUUGUUCCGUCACUUUCUGCUGGAGCAGAUUUGUACCAAUCUCACCAAUGAACUCACAGCAUCUGGUCUUUUCUUGGUCAAUCCUUUGACGGUUCUUGCGCAGUCUCGCAUGGCAAUCUUGGAGGAGGACUCGGAUCAUUCUUCUGCCGAGCUGAAAUACUGCUCGUCUCGCCAAAUCCGUGUUAACCGGUGGCUUGUAUGAAACACAUUUUGCUAAGACAUUAUUGUCGAGAAAUAUGUGCAGAAAACGGAUCUGCGAAUGCGUAGAGUCCUCUCGUAGGGAGCAGGUUUCCCACUGCGCGGCCGAUUGAAGCCCAUUGUGCCCAAACACAUUGCCAAUAGAAGCGAAGAGACGAGUCCCAGGGAGUAAUCUUGAAGAAGGAGACACGAUCGCUGAGACAAAGCUUUAAUAGCCUGACGUUUCGGAUUCCUACUUCUUGGGUCUCUAACAAACUACUCGCUUACUAAGUACUCGCACGUAGUCGUGAUUAUGCCCAUAUAAUCGCCGAUUCGUAAUCUACAACGCUCUCCUCUCAACCUUCAGCCUAGACAGAAAUACAAGAUUGAAAUAAAUCUUCCAGAUGUUGAGGCCCGAGUCUGGAAUCCCAGUUUGACACCGGUUGCCAAGGGCCCAGCCUUUGACCUCAGAGCAUUAGCAACACUUGUCCGUGAGGACAAUGCACAUCAUGGCCAUCAGGAGAUAUCAGCUAUAUCGCCGUUAAGGGGACAUUCGUAGUGUUAGUCGCAGCCUUACGACAGUGUCGUAAGCCAUUGGCAAAUUCAAGUUGUUCUUCCACUGCCAAACAAAGUCGUGGCCCACAGUGGAGUUCGGCCGCGCCGGCACAUCAAGCAGCCCUAUUCAGGGGCCGAGCACUGCUUCUCCUCGCAGGGGGCCUGGAAAAGCUGGCCUAAAAAUAGCUAGGGAACCACGUCGUCUGCAGGCGCACCGUUGUCGCAGACGCAAAACUCAGGGUCGAAACAGUCAAAAUCGAAACAACAGCAACAACAACCAUACUCAUAGUCCUCAUCCUACCUCUUCUUCCUCUUUCUCUGCCUAUUCUUCUCCCUCCUCACCUUCUUCUCCACCUACUUUCCGCCGCCCACUCGUUUUCACCAGACUGGUAGGGUGAGUCCGCUGACUCUGGCAGCCUGGAAUGUUCGUGCCCUUUUAGACAAUCCAAGGAGCAUCCACCCGGAACGGAGGACGGCGCUAAUGGCCCGGGAGCUGGCGCGCUACAAGGUAGACAUGGCCGCACUCAGCGAGACCCGUUUCUCCGAACAAGGACAACUGGAGGAGGUGGGUGCCGGCUACAUUUUCUUCUGGAGUGGUCGGCUCAGGGCAGAGCGACGAGACGCGGGUGUCGCCUUCGCCAUCCGGAAGAACAUCGUGGGACGACUGCUCUGUUUGUGCAGGGCAUCAACGAUUGCCUGA